CGCUUGCCACUUGGGUUAUUUCUGCUAUCUGUCGCUGUUGGUGCCGCAGAGCUAAAGGUUUGGCAGAUGGGACGCUUUUUCUUGGAGUCUGUGUCUCCGGUUUUUGACUUCUGGCAGUGCCGAGCGCGUUGUCGCCGCUCGCCCUCUCCCUCCCUGCCCCCCUGGGCACCAUGGCCCAUCGGCUUCGGUUUCAUUUUGGCUCCGGUCGCAGCAACACGGCCCCCGAGUCAGAGAUCCUCGACCAGGAGAGAGAAGACGACUUUUUCAUGGCAUUCCACACCCUGCCGCGGCGGGGCGGCGCUCACCUCUUCGCCCACCGGGCGGCGGAGGACGGCGGCGGCCUGCCGGAGGCGGUGGGCGCGCUGAAGCGCAGCACGUCCAUGUUCAUCCCGCAGCUCCUGAGCCCCGUGGACGCGCGGCCCACCCGGAGCUCAUCGGUGCAGAUCUCGCUGCAGCGCAAAGCGGCGGACGGCGCCCCGGACACGUGUGGGCCGCCCGAGGGCCUGGACGGUGACGCGGGGUCAGUGUGUCCAGGCCGCUGCCCGGAGCCCCCCGAGCCCCAGACCCCCAAGAGCUCCCCUCCCAGGGCCACUAGGAGUGCAGGCCCCCAAGUCAACGGCACGUGUGGCCGCCGGGCGCGGGGCCCCGUCGCUGCCGAUGGCCGCGUGGAGGCUGAGCCUGCGGCCACCCAGGGACCCAAAGGUGGCGGACUCCGGAUCCAGCACCGAGCCUCCAGCGCUGACGUGCGCCAGGUGAGGCUGAUGCCCUUUGGGGCGGACGGCCAGGGUAGCCCUUCGGCUCCGGAACCCAGGCGCUGGUCCCUGCAGCACGUUCCGGAUGCUUCUGGAAGUUCUGGGAAGAGGUGCUUUGUCUUCCAGCUGCAGCAGCCGCCACCAGGUGUGGGUGGUGACUUCAACUUUGGGUUCACGGGCACGAAGGGGGACAGGCUGGUGCGGUACCCCCGUAUCCGGCUGGAAAGGAGCACCUCCUACCCCACGCAGCCCCGAGCAGAGCUCAGCAGCCCCACGGAAGAGCGGGGCCACCAGGGACACCCGGAGACACCGCCUGGGGGCCGCAGGGUGACCCCCGAAAUCCACCGGAGGAACUCCGUGGAAAGGACGUCACAGAGUCAGGGCUGCACGUUUAAGAUCAGGCAAGAUCAAAAUGCGGGGCAACAGCACUUCAGAAUUCUUGUGACUCGGGGACCGGAGGAGUCUCACCAGAAUCCCGAGGCGAGUAACGCCACCGGCCCGGGUUGCACCGUGGCAGGAGCCCCGACACGAGACGACUUCCUGGGACAGGUGGACGUGCCCCUUAACCAUCUCCCGACAGAAGACCCAACCAUGGAGCGACCCUACACGUUUAAGGACUUUCUCCUCAGACCAAGAAGUCACAAGUCUCGAGUAAAGGGGUUUUUGCGAUUGAAAAUGGCCUAUAUGCCCAAAAAUGGCGGCCAAGAUGAGGAGAACGGCGAGCAGCGGGGUGACGCGGAGCAUGGGUGGGAAGUCGUGGACUCAAAUGACUCAGCUUCUCAGCACCAGGAGGAGCUUCCUCCGCCUCCUCUGCCUCCUGGCUGGGAAGAAAAAGUGGACAAUUUAGGUCGGACCUACUAUGUGAACCACAACAACCGGACCACCCAGUGGCACCGACCAAGCCUGAUGGAUGCGUCCUCUGAGGCGGACAGCAACAUCCGGCAGAUCAACCAGGAGGCAGCGCACCGGCGCUUCCGCUCCCGCCGGCACAUCAGCGAGGACCUGGAGCCCGAGCCCUCAGAGGGCGGGGACAAUGAGCCUUGGGAGACCAUUUCAGAAGAAGUGGCCGUCACUGGAGAUGCCCUCAGCCUGGCGCUGCCCCCACCCCCCUCCUCCCCAGGCUCCCGGACCAGCCCUCAAGAGCUGUCUGAGGAGCUGAGCAGGAGACUUCAGAUCACGCCUGACUCCAAUGGGGAACAGUUUGGUUCUUUGAUUCAGAGGGAGCCCUCCUCGAGGCUGAGGUCGUGCAGUGUCACGGAGGUGGUUGCAGAGCAGGCUCAUCUACCGCCGCCCAGUGCCCCAGCUAGGAGAGCGCGCUCGUCAACUGUCACAGGUGGUGAGGAGUCAACGCCAUCAGUGGCCUAUGUACAUACCACGCCGGGCCUACCUUCAGGCUGGGAAGAAAGAAAAGAUGCUAAGGGACGCACAUACUAUGUCAAUCAUAACAAUCGAACCACAACUUGGACUCGGCCUAUCAUGCAGCUUGCAGAAGACGGUGCGUCUGGAUCCGCCAACAGUAACAACCAUCUAGUCGAGCCUCAGAUCCGCCGGCCUCGUAGCCUCAGCUCGCCAACAGUAACUUUAUCUGCCCCACUGGAGGGUGCCAAGGACUCUCCCAUACGCCGGGCUGUGAAAGAUACCCUUUCCAAUCCACAGUCCCCACAGCCAUCUCCUUACAACUCCCCCAAACCACAACACAAAGUCACACAGAGCUUCCUGCCACCGGGCUGGGAAAUGAGGAUCGCGCCAAACGGCCGGCCCUUCUUCAUUGACCAUAACACAAAGACUACGACAUGGGAAGAUCCACGCCUGAAAUUUCCAGUGCAUAUGCGGUCAAAGGCGCCUUUAAACCCCAAUGACCUUGGCCCCCUUCCUCCUGGUUGGGAAGAAAGAAUUCACGUGGAUGGACGGACAUUUUAUAUUGACCACAAUAGCAAAAUAACUCAGUGGGAAGACCCAAGACUGCAGAACCCAGCUAUUACCGGCCCGGCGGUUCCUUACUCCAGAGAAUUUAAGCAGAAAUAUGACUACUUUAGGAAGAAAUUAAAGAAACCUGCUGAUAUUCCAAAUAGGUUUGAAAUGAAACUUCACAGAAAUAACAUUUUUGAAGAGUCCUAUCGGAGAAUCAUGUCUGUGAAAAGGCCGGAUGUCCUAAAAGCUAGACUGUGGAUUGAGUUUGAAUCAGAGAAAGGCCUCGACUAUGGGGGCGUGGCCAGAGAAUGGUUUUUCUUGCUGUCCAAAGAGAUGUUCAACCCCUACUAUGGUCUCUUCGAGUACUCUGCCACGGACAACUACACACUGCAGAUCAAUCCCAAUUCAGGCCUCUGUAAUGAAGACCAUUUGUCCUAUUUCACUUUUAUUGGAAGAGUUGCUGGUCUGGCAGUAUUUCACGGGAAACUUUUAGAUGGAUUCUUCAUUAGACCGUUUUACAAAAUGAUGCUGGGAAAGCAGAUAACCCUGAAUGACAUGGAGUCCGUGGACAGUGAAUAUUACAACUCCUUGAAGUGGAUCCUAGAGAAUGACCCCACUGAACUGGACCUCAUGUUCUGCAUUGACGAAGAAAACUUCGGACAGACAUAUCAAGUGGAUCUGAAGCCCAACGGGUCUGAAAUCAUGGUUACAAAUGAAAACAAAAGAGAAUAUAUUGACUUGGUCAUCCAGUGGAGGUUUGUGAACAGGGUCCAGAAGCAGAUGAACGCCUUCUUGGAGGGAUUCACAGAACUUCUUCCUAUUGAUUUGAUUAAAAUUUUUGAUGAAAAUGAGCUGGAGUUGCUGAUGUGCGGCCUCGGUGACGUGGACGUGAAUGACUGGAGACAACAUACGAUCUACAAGAACGGCUACUGCCCAAACCACCCUGUCAUUCAGUGGUUCUGGAAGGCUGUGCUGCUGAUGGACGCGGAGAAGCGUAUCCGGUUACUACAGUUUGUCACGGGGACGUCCCGAGUACCUAUGAAUGGAUUUGCUGAACUUUAUGGUUCCAAUGGUCCUCAGCUGUUUACAAUAGAGCAAUGGGGGAGUCCUGACAAGCUGCCCAGAGCUCACACAUGCUUUAAUCGCCUUGACUUACCUCCAUAUGAAACCUUCGAAGAUUUACGAGAGAAGCUUCUCAUGGCCGUGGAAAAUGCUCAAGGAUUUGAGGGGGUGGAUUAAGCACCUGCCGCCCCGGGUGGUGGUUCGUCGAGCAAGUCCUGCUUGCACUUUUGCAUCUCCCGCCCAGACUUUGCAGAGACGAUGGCAGCCAGCGUUGCGCGGUGCAGCCCUGGGAGCAGAGCCUUCGCCCGCAACUUGCCCAAGCUCAGCCGUGGGAACCCCGUCCCAGGUCCCGUUUCUGCAUUUUCCACCGCAAAUUAUCAACUGGUUGAUGUGUACACUAAUUACAUUUCAAGAGGACUUAUUCUAUUUAUGUUGCGCCUCUGUAGGCAGAGCCCUUAAUAAACAUUUUACAUACUGUAUAAUGACCAUGAAUGGAAUCAAUCACUCUACAGGUAUAGUAUUACAACUCAUGUUUACUUUUUGAAAAUGAUUUAGGCCGAUUUUCCGAUUUCAUUUCACUGCAAUUAAAGAUGUCUCAUGUACUUGGAAAAGUGAGCAUUUUUUUGUAUUUGAAUUUCAUACCAAGUUUAAUGUCCAUGACAUUUUUAUUUUUGAAGUACUUUGACACCCUACCCUCAACUUUAUUAGGCUCGGAAGACUGACUUGUGUCCAAAAACCUUCUUACAGACAAGUACUUUGAGAGCAUUUAAAAUAUAACAGGCAUAAUGAUAAUUUUUUUCCAUACUCAGAAUGAAAACAAACUGGAUAUUAGGGUUUUGGGGGGGCGGUUGUUUCUUU